AACUCUCCGAUGAGUAAUGACACUACACCUACCCCCUUCUUCUUCCUCCUCCAUCCCGCAAAUCUUUCUUCCUGCUACCAAAAAUGAAAGACGAAGAAUCACCGGUAUCCCUACCAUCUCCACCUGCGAAGAAAGAUGCCUCACGGCCUGCUCUGUUCUGUGGUAAGAACGGUUACAAGUUCUGGGCUUUGGCCGCUAUUCUCCUUUUAGCUUUCUGGUCUAUGUUCACUGGCUCUGUUUCUCUCAAAUGGUCCUCCGGUGAUCUCGCUUCGUCCUCUGAUCAACCUGACUUCCAUAUCACCGAAGAUCUCGACAUCCUUGAGGUGGAAGAAAGAGAGAAGACGGUCAGGCGCAUGUGGGAUAUUUACACGCAUAGCACCACCGUGAGGUUGUCGCGAUUUUGGGUGGAAGCUUUUCAGGCUGCUUACGAGUAUCUAGUUAGCGAUAUUCCAAGUGUUCGAGACGGUGCCGUUUCUGAGAUCGCCAAAUUGUCUAUGCGCUCCUUCAAUCCUGAUACCCUCCCGGUCUCUGUUCAACCAAUGAAGACUGGAGAAACAAGAAAGACUCUGAAGCAAGUAGACAAAAGCAGGGAGGUAACUACGCCGUCCAAGAGUAGCUAAUAAUAACAAGAAUUCUUUCCUUUAGUUUUCCUAUCGACACUGAAGGUCUCAUUUUCUUUGUCUUUAAUGUAAGGAAAUAUCAAUGCAAUGCAGUGUAAAUUAUAUUUUGACAUCAAAAUAAAUAUAUUUGGUUCUUCCUAUCACA